CAAUCCUCCCGGUUGCGCCAGGCGGAGGCGCGUUGGGGCCAUUGCCGCGCCGCUAAGAGAUCGCCCGCGAUCGCCGCCCUCGUGUUCCCGCCCGCCGCGCGUGGCCAAUGACGGGCCGGAAUAUCGGAUUAUUCUCCCCGCGCUAGCCAAGUAGGUUUCCCGGUCGCCAAGCAAGUGGACGAGCAACAGAAGAAAGACGUCGGCAAUCGACCGUACGGCGGCUGCGGCGAUCUAGCAGAUCGCUCUGGAGAGCCGGAGAGGCGUCGGCUGGUCCACGUGGAAACCGCGGAGCGCAGGGCGCGACUGAACGUCUGGCAGGAAGGCACGCCGGCGGGACCCGCGAAACCCGUAGCAACCAGGCCAGCCGCGGAGCGUGAUCAGCGCCCCCCCAACACGCACCCCGCUAAUCUGUGUGGGGCGCCCCCUUCCCACUGUGGAAAAGGCGAAGGGAAGCCAAGCCGCGUCCCCUCUUUUCCCAGUCCCGUUGCUGCUGUGCGGAACCCCCAGGCCCUUUACACGUUUGCUAAGCUUCUUGGGGCUCCUGACCCUCUGAAUGCUGAGUCCCAUUAUGGGCGAGCAUCAGACUCACAUCAACAGCCUCUUCCUGAAUGAGGAGACAUCUAAGCAGCUUGGAUCGGGGAGCCGGGUGCAUCGCUUCCGCCAUGCCCUGGGGAAGCGUGCAGCACAUGCCAGGAAGCAAAUGUACAAUAUCACCCGAGAGAGCGUCAAAGGCUUCUUCCAGAGAAAUGCUUUUGUUCUACUCACCAUCUUGGCUGUCCUGCUGGGGAUUACUCUGGCCCUCGCCCUGCGGCCGUAUCGGAUGACCUAUCGCCAAAUCAAAUACUUCUCAUUUCCUGGAGAAUUGUUGAUGCGAAUGCUGCAGAUGUUGGUUCUUCCAUUAAUUGUCUCUAGCCUUAUCACAGGCAUGGCGUCUUUGGACAGCAGUGCCUCUGGCAAGAUGGGAGUGCGUGCUGUCAUUUACUAUAUGAUGACAACCAUCAUUGCCGUCUUCAUUGGAAUCUGUAUGGUCCUCAUCAUACACCCAGGAAAAGGGAGCAAGAAAGGCCUCCGAGGGGAGGGCAAAAUUGAUCAGGUCCACGCAACUGAUGCUUUCAUGGACCUCAUCCGGAAUAUGUUUCCACCCAAUCUUGUGGAAGCCUGCUUUAGACAGUAUAAGACUCAGUACAGUGUCCGGGUUAUCAACAGAACGGUUGUGAGCAACACUUCUCCUGCGGCCAUGUUGCCACAGCACCCAAAUCGGGAUACCAACAGCAGCGGUUUCAACUACAGUGCCACCAUUGCCAGUUUGCCUCUCCUGCCACUUGAAAAUGCUUUGGGAGUCUGGAAUAAUGUCACUAACGCUCUAGGGAGCCUCCCGGAAGUGCUGAAUUUUGAGGAGGUCAUCCCCGGCCCGGGCUCGGUCAACGGGGUGAAUGCCCUUGGCCUCGUUGUCUUCUCCAUCUGCUUUGGCCUGGUGAUUGGCAACAUGAAGCAAAAGGGACACGCCCUGCGGGAAUUUUUUGACUGCCUCAAUGAAGCCAUCUUGCGGAUGGUGGCAGUUAUUAUAUGGUACGCCCCGAUCGGGAUCCUCUUUCUGAUCGCUGGUAAGAUUUUGGAGAUGGAGGACCUGGCAGUGAUGGGAGGCCAAUUAGGCCUGUACACACUUACAGUUAUUGUGGGUCUCCUGAUCCAUGGCCUCUGUGUCCUUCCACUCAUCUACUUCAUCGUCACCCGCAAAAACCCCUGGAUCUUCGUGGCUGGGCUCCUGCAAGCCCUCGUUACAGCCUUGGGAACGUCUUCCAGCUCAGCCACACUUCCUGUCACAUUCCGUUGCCUGGAAGAAAACAACAGGGUGGAUAAACGAAUUACCAGGUUUGUUCUGCCAGUGGGAGCAACUAUCAACAUGGAUGGCACUGCACUUUAUGAAGCUCUGGCAGCCAUCUUCAUUGCACAGGUCAACAACUACGAGCUGGACUUCGGUCAGAUCAUUACUAUUAGCAUUACCGCCACCGCAGCCAGUAUCGGAGCUGCUGGCAUUCCGCAAGCAGGCCUAGUGACCAUGGUAAUCGUGUUGACGUCUGUCGGAUUGCCAACGGAGGACAUCACUUUGAUUAUGGCUGUGGACUGGUUCCUAGACCGUCUCAGAACCACCGUCAAUGUGCUGGGGGAUUCACUGGGUGCUGGUGUUGUAGCGCACUUGUCUCGCCAUGAGCUGGAGAUGCAGGAUGCUGAGCUCAGCAAUUCAGUCCUUGAAGAGAAUGAAAAACCGUAUCAUCUAAUAUACCAAGAGAAUGACACACACAAGCACCUCCACAGUGAGACACCAAUGUGACUUGGAGGAGCGGAGUAUUGUCGGGAUAGGAUCUGUAAAGUCUCACGACUGUGAAGCACUAGAGAAGCAAGAGCCAACCACAGUCCUCCCACAAACUCUCAGCUCCUUUGUUUUCCCUGUUCAUGUCACCAGAAAAAAAGGAUUUUUUUUAAUAACGGUGAUUGUACUCCUAGAAUCAGGAUUUGACAAUAGAGUCCGACUUUGCCUUUCCUGCCUCUUAACCACAUCUGGUAAUAUCCUCCACCAAGUCAAUUCUACAUUUCCUUGCCAAGAAGAUAAACUUUGAACAUACUGUGCUGUGCCGUAAAGACCAACUAAUUUAAAUCUUGUGCUACAAUUGUAAUGAUUGUGCUCAUUUUUGAAAUUUUUUUAGCACUUGGAAAAAAUGCAGCCAAAUAAGAUAGAUAGAUAGAUAGAUAGAUAGAUAGAUAGAUAGAUAGAUAGAUAGAUAGAUAGAUAGAUAGAUAGAUAGAUAGAUAGAUAGAUGAUGCUUUAUUGGUAUGGAAAAUGUUUAUUUAUGAGGAUCAUUAAAGUGGAGAAUUAUGUACAGCUUAUGUUUUUAAAAAAAUAUGUGCAACUUGUUGCUGCUUCAUUCAUUACGAUUAUUAUAUGUAACCCUUGUUUAGCGACUCUUUACAGUUUCGAUGGUGAUGAAAAACUAACUUUGUGAUCAGUCCUCACAUUUAUGACCUUUGCAGGGGUCCUUUACUUUUGUAAAGCUGAAGUAAAGAUUGUAAGCACAAAGGAAAAUUGAAGUAAAGAUCAUAAGUACAGUAUUUUGUUUAACGACUUGAGUUGCCAAGUCAUUUAGUGACCCAAUUGUGGUCACUAAAUGAGGACUAUUGGAACUAUAGUAUCAUGGUAAUGCUUAUUUGCUUUUGUUUCCUUAUUGGUUAAUUGUUCAGAACACAGUGGCUUUGUUUAUCAACCCAAGAUGCAUAUAGCUCAGCAUCUUAGUUUUUUACACCGGUAACUAUUUUCAGAGACAAAUAAGCAAGACAGCCUCUCUUCUGUAGCUGCUCAUAGCAUCAGGGCACACAGCCGCAUCAGGGCACACAGCCUUGAAUUGUGACUCUUAGCUGUUGAUAGAUUUCUGCUUUCCCAGUUGCCUCAUAUCCUUUGAAAGUCACUGAAGAUAGGGUCCUGUUGCCUCUUAUGUAAAGCUUGGGACGUGGAUGACUCUGACUGAUCUCCAGUGUGGCAUAAGGACCAGUACAGUCAUCCCAGAGCCACCACCCUCAUGCUUUUUUAUAUAUUGAUAUAAAAAUCUCUAUAAUGUGUCAAAAAAGACUGUGGAAUGCAUCACGGUAUGCCAUCAAAAUACAAUUUACUGCAAACAGGUAUUUGCAAAGCAGAGCUAAGAAACAUUUCAUUCACUUUGGCAACUUAGCUGGGAAAUGUUUUAUUAAUCAGAAGAACAGUAUUUGGGUUUAUUAUAGGGAUUGAUAGGAAAUGUCUUUUCAAGAUGAAAUCCAAGACAUAGCAAAUCCAACACUCUGAAUUCUCCUUUUUCUCUCUCUUUGCUAGGUAGAAGUUUCCUUUAACCUUUUCCUGGUUACUUCCCUUUUUUCAUUGCAUGACAAAGUCCUUCUUUCCCUCUCCUAGAGGUUUGCUUGUUGCAUGCUUAAUUGUUGCCCGGUCCUUGCCUUUGAAGCGCAUUAGCCAGACCCAUCUCUUCCCCUGGCCCUUCUUCCCUCUCCUAGAUAGCUUCUACCCCAGUCUCCCAUGCCGUCUUCUCUGGCCAAGUCUUGCUGGUAGCCUGAGGCUUUAAAAACGCUGCCAUGAAGGACAAGAGUGGGAGGGGAUUUCUUCAGACUAGUGGCUAUUUGGCACAUGAUGCUGAAAGGAAGCUAAAUGUUGCCAGAUCUAUUGGGUUGGGAUGAGUCAAGUUAACAAGCUGGCUCUCUGCAGUGCUUCUCAUGGCCAGCCUGUACCUCUGUGCUAUACUUGUCAAGUAUUAUGGGCUGCAGAAUGACUUGGAAAACAAUAUGCAUCCAUUGGAUUGUGAAUUUGAAACCUUUGUCCUGGGAUAUAGUAGUAUGAAAUAGCAAAAUGUAUACUGUGAUCCUUGUGUUGGUGGGCACACUCCUGGUCCCUUCCCCCAAAUUUUGCCAUCUGAUGGGAGCUACAAAGCAUGCCUUUUCCAUGGCAGCCUCUGCCUUAUGAAACACUGCCCCUUGAAGUUUGGCAAGGCUUCUGUAUUCAUAAACUUCUGUAAAGCUUUUUUCCCCCCAAGUGCUGGGAUCAGAUUGAAAACUGCACAUUAGAAGAUUGUUGUUGUUUUUAAUGUUUUAAUGUGUUUAGGUUUAUAGUUUUAAUAUAGUUUUAUAUGGUAUUUAAACUUUGGGAGCUGCCCAGAUUUGGUUGAAAGAUGGGUAGCUAUAUAAAUGUUUUAAAUAAAAUAAAUUAUUUAGGAA